AGAGUACAGUCCUCAGGAUGUUCCAGGGGGAAUAGAAGCCAGAACUAGAAUCACUGAGCCCUGCUCCCCCAAUGAUGGGGUCCACAAGGAGUCAGCUGCUGGUUGGCCUGUGUGUUGUGGCAGUGGUCUUGGAGUGGGUAGGGGGCUCCUCCCCCAACCUGGGCCCUGCUGAACAGGAGCAGAACCACUAUCUGACCCAGCUGUUUGGACUGUAUGGGGAGAAUGGAACGCUGACUGCAGGGGGCCUAGCCCGGCUUCUCCAAAGCUUGGGGCUCGGCCGGGUUCAGGGCCUUCGCUUGGGACACCAUGGGACUCCGGUCAGCCGGGCUGCACCCCCAGUUGGAGACAAUUCCACGCACAGGCUGCAGGACCCUGAGCUGAGUGUGGACGUUUGGGCAGGGUUGCCUCUGACUCCCUCGGGAUGGGGUGACCUGGAAGACUCAAAUGCACCCCAUGUUCCCCAUGGGCCAGCCCCUGCAGGCUUGGACCUCUUCCACAGGCUCCUGUUGCUGGACCAUUCUCUGGCUGACCAUCUGAAUGAGGAUUGUCUGAAUGGCUCCCAGCUGCUGGUCAAUUUUGGCUUGAGUCCUGCUGCUCCUCUGACCCCCCGUCAGUUUGCUCUGCUGUGCCCAGCCCUGCUUUAUCAGAUUGACAGCCGUGUCUGCAUCCAGGCCCCGGCUCCAGCACCCCCAGGGGAUCUACUAUCUGCUCUGGUCCAUAGUGUCCUGGCAGUGCUGCUGCUCAGCCUCCCUGCUCCUCUCUCUCUGCUGCUGCUGAGGCUCCUGGGACCUCGACUCUUACAGCCCCUGCUGGGCUUCCUGGGGGCCCUGGCCGUGGGCACUCUUUGCGGGGAUGCACUGCUACACUUGUUGCCACACGCACAAGGAGAGCGACAUACAGGGCCUAGCGGACAACUGGAGGAAGACCUGGGUCCAGGGAUGUCCGUGCUCGGAGGCCUCUUCCUGCUUUUUGUGCUGGAGAACAUGCUAGGGCUUUUGCGGCGCCAAGGACUGAGGGUAAGAUGCUGUAGGUGGAAAAGACGAGAUCUUGAAAGACCAAACCUAGACCCAGAAGAUGGCAGUGGAAUGGCCCUUCAGCCCCUGCAGGGUGCUCCAGCACCAAGGGUUCAGGGCCAGAGGGAGCAGGAUAGCCAGCCCUCGUUAACUCCAGCUUCUCCUGGGCACCCAGGCCACAGUCACGGGCACCAUGGUGGUGGUGGCACCAAUAUCACGUGGAUGGUCCUUCUGGGAGAUGGUCUGCACAACCUCACUGAUGGGCUAGCCAUAGGUGCUGCCUUCUCAGAUGGCUUCUCCAGUGGGCUCAGCACCACCCUAGCAGUCUUCUGCCAUGAGCUGCCACACGAACUUGGUGACUUUGCAAUGCUGCUCCAGGCAGGGCUGCCCUUUCGGCGGCUGCUACUGCUGAGCUUGGUGUCUGGAGCCCUGGGACUGGGGGGUGCAGCCCUGGGGGUGGGGCUCAGCCUGGGCCCUGUUCCCCUCACUCCCUGGGUGUUUGGGGUCACUGCCGGGGUCUUCCUCUACGUGGCCCUCGUGGACAUGCUCCCGGCCCUGCUUCGUCCUCCUGAGCCCCUCCCUCCACUCAGCGUGCUACUGCAGGGGUUGGGGCUGCUGCUGGGGGGGAGCCUCAUGCUCACUAUUGCCCUCCUGGAGGAGGAGCUGCUGCCCCUGGCCUCUGAGGGCUGAUGGGGGUGGGUGGGCAGUGGAAAGGGAUCAAGGCUGCCCUUCCUCCCCCCCACCAGUCAGAGGAAUGGAGGCGGGACACCAGGGCCAGUAGGAGCAAUAGGAUUUUAAUAAACAGAACCCAUCCCAAA